AUGAGCUAAGUUAGUAGUCUACCUCAAUCAAAUUCACAUUAAAAAAGAGUUUAUAAUAUCUAGAUUGGUAAUAAAUUGCCUAAUGCAACACAUGUGAUGAGAAACCCUAAGUCACUUGAUAAGCUACUUUAUCAACCAAUGCCAAAUAUUCACAAUUUGUAAGAUUUAAUUAAUGAAGGACUUAAAAACUUUGGAUAAAGGGAGUUUAUUGGAAAUAAAAAUUUGUAGACAGGCAUGUAUGAAUAUGAAACGUAUGAAAACAUAUAUAAGAAAGCUAGAGCUUUAGGUUCCUCUUUGUAGAAUUUAAAUCUUUUGAAGGUAUCUCGAGAAUAAAAAACUUUCAGAGUUUACUCCAAUUUAAAUUAGGAUUUUGAUGGUACAAUUAAAAUGGUAGGUAUUUACUGUAAAAAUAGACCUGAGUGGACCAUAUCAGAUAUGGCAAAUGCGCUCUAUGGAUACACAAUGGUUCCAAUCUAUGAUACUUUAGGACCUGAUUCUGUUAGUUAUGUAUUAGGACACUCUUUAAUCACUACUUGCAUUUGCUCAGCUCAAUCAAUAGAAAUUUUAUCAAAAACAAAAUAACUUUUUGAUUUGAAGAAUAUAAUAUCUUUAGAGGAUAAUUACAGUAAGGAGUCUAAUCAAAUUUUAACAUAAAGAGGCAUUAAAAUAAUUUCUUUCAGUGAUAUAAUUGCAUUAGGAAUUAAAAAUGGUGUUCCUCUACCUAAGAAUAUACCUACAGAUACUAUAUUUACAUUCAGCUACACUUCUGGUACUACUGGAAAUCCAAAAGGAGCAAUGCUAACUCACAGAAAUUUGCUUUCUGUAGUUUAGAGUAAGCAAAAUGGUGACCAUUAAUUUAAUGAAGCAGACACCCACUUAAGCUACUUGCCAUUACCUCAUAUAUUCGAGAGAUUUGUCCAUGUUACCUGCUGGUUAAGUGGAACCAAAAUUGCUUAUUAUAGUGGAAAUAUUCUUAAAUUAAGAGAAGAUUUUGCUGCAGCAAAACCUACUGCUGCUAUAUUUGUACCAAGAUUGCUAAACAAAAUAUAUGAAGAUUUAAAUAAUUUUAUUAACAAUCAACCCCAACCUCAAAAAGAGUACAUUCAAAAAGCGAUAAAUGAAAAGUUAAAAAAUUUGUACUCAGAAUAAAAUCCUACAGUUUUUCAUCCAAUAUAUGACGAGAAAAUUUUCAAAAAGUUUAAUGAAAUGUUUGGAGGAAAAAUUAAGCAAAUCGGAAGUGGUUCUGCUCCACUUUCUUAAAAAGUUAUUGACUUUUUUAAAGUUAUUUUUAGUGCUAACUUUAACUAAGGCUAUGGUUAAACAGAAGGAACAGGUUUAGAAACAAACUAAGUACAUGGAGAUAAUGUUGAAAAUAAUGUUGGAGGUAUUGUUACAGGUAUUGAGCUAAAAUUAGAAGAUGUUCCUGAUAUGGGGUAUCUUUCUACAGACAAGGAUGAGUUUGGAAAUCAUAUGCCAAGAGGAGAAAUAUGUGUAAGAGGUCAUAGUGUAUUUGCAGGAUAUUAUAAAGAUGAGGAAAAAACAAUAGAGGCUAUUGAUUCUGAAGGCUGGCUUCACUCAGGUGAUAUUGGUAUUAUUUUACCUAAUGGAGCUUUGCGAAUAAUAGACAGAAAAAAAAACAUUAUGAAGUUGCAAUAAGGAGAAUACAUUUCACCUGAAAAAGUAGAAAACAUCUACAUAAGAUCAAGAGGAGUAUCAGAAGCUUACAUUCAUGGAGAUUCAAUGUAAUCAUAUUGUGUUGGAAUAAUAGUACCUAACCCUGAUGAAAUAGUUAAAAUUGCAAAGGAACUUAAUAUUUCUGAAACCUCAAUAGAAGCUUUAUGCAAAAAUAAAUUAAUAAACGAUGCUUAUCUAAAAAUUAUCUAAGAAUUUGGAAAGAGAGAAGGUUUAUUGUCUUUCGAGUAAGCCCAUAAAAUUUACUUAGAGCCAGUUUCACUAGCUUUUAAAGGAUGUCUAACUUAAAGCUUUAAGCUUUAAAGACAUAUAGCAAAAUAGGUAUUUAAGUAGAUCUUUGACUAAAUGUACAGUACUCCUUUACCUCCAAAAUUAUAAUCUCGUUUGUGA